ACCCCCGUCCAAGUGAAGAAGUCGACCGGAAGGAAAAACACAAUCCUGGUCUCUCAUUGGCCCAAAGUUUCGCGCGAAAAUAACGUCACCCGCAGUUUCGCGCCAGUUCAGCAGCUUUCGGACGUAUACACAAGAGGAGAUAUCCCAGAUACAAUGUCUUCCCCAACUUCAACUCCUGGUCGUAAACGUGGGAGGAACACCAACCCUGCCACACCCAGCAGCGAGGGCCCCACCUCGCCUCCCUCCCAGCGGCGCAGAGGUCAGGACUCCUCCACCGGGGAGCUGAUGCCAAUGCCCACCUCUCCAGCCACCGACGUGCUCAGUCCUGCGGCAGUGCAGGACACGUCCCUGUUCUCCAGUCCAAGACCAUCAGUGCUGCAGAAUGAAGUGGAUAUGAGCUCCCCUCUGAUGUAUGGGACCCCCAGCUCUAGGGUUGAGGGGACGCCACGCAGCGGAGUGCGCGGCACACCGGCCAGACAGCGUCCUGAUCUGGGGUCAGUCCGGAAGGCUCCCCAAGUCGACCUUCACUCUGAUCCGCCAAGCGGAACUGGUGCGGUCGCCAGCGAGCCGAACGCAGGCCAGAAACUGGUGAUCUGGGGGACUGAUGUAAAUGUAGCAACCUGCAAGGAGAAGUUCCAGAGAUUUCUGCAGAGGUUCAUUGACCCGACCUCAACUGAAGAGGAGAACGCCGGCCUGGACCUGAACGAGCCUUUAUACAUGCAGAAGCUGGAGGAGAUCAGUGUUGUUGGCGACCCUGUGCUGAAUGUGAGUUGUCAGCAUGUGCAGUCCUUCGAUGCAGAACUUUACAGGCAGCUCAUCUGCUACCCACAGGAAGUCAUCCCAACUUUUGACAUGGCAGUCAACGAGCUUUUCUUUGAGCGUUUCCCAGACUCAAUCCUCGAGUACCAGAUCCAAGUCCGCCCCUACAACGCCCUGAAAACCAGAAACAUGAGGAGCCUGAACCCAGAAGACAUCGAUCAGCUGAUCACCAUCAGCGGCAUGGUGAUCCGCACCUCGCAGCUCAUCCCCGAGAUGCAGGAGGCGUUCUUCCAGUGCCAGGUGUGCGCCUUCACCACCCGCGUGGAGGUGGAUCGCGGGCGCAUCGCGGAGCCGGCUGUGUGUCGCCACUGCAACACCACCCACAGCCUGGCACUCGUUCACAAUCGCUCAGUCUUUUCAGACAAGCAGAUGAUCAAGAUUCAAGAGUCUCCUGAAGACAUGCCGGCCGGUCAGACGCCUCACACGACCAUUGUGUACGCUCACAACGAUCUAGUUGAUAAAGUGCAGCCAGGAGACAGAGUAAACAUCACUGGGGUCUACCGAGCAGUCCCCAUGCGCGUCAACCCGCGGCAGAGCAACGUGAAGUCCGUCUACAAGACCCACAUAGACGCCAUCCACUUCCGCAAGACGGACGAGAAGCGCCUGCACGGCUUGGACGAGGAGGCCGAACAGAAGCUCUUCACCGAGGACCGCGUUAAGACCCUGAAGGAGCUGGCAGCCAAGCCAGACGUCUACGAGCGCCUCUCGUCGGCCCUCGCGCCGAGCAUCUACGAACACGAGGACAUCAAAAAGGGUAUUUUGCUGCAGCUGUUUGGCGGCACUCGUAAGGACUUCAGUCAGACCGGCCGCGGUCACUUCCGCGCCGAGCUGAACAUCCUGCUCUGCGGAGACCCUGGCACCAGCAAGUCCCAGCUGCUGCAGUACGUCUACAACCUGGUGCCCCGCGGCCAGUACACGUCCGGAAAGGGCUCCAGUGCCGUGGGUCUCACCGCCUACGUUAUGAAGGACCCGGAGACCCGGCAGCUGGUCCUGCAGACCGGAGCUCUGGUGCUGAGUGACAACGGCAUCUGCUGCAUUGACGAGUUCGACAAAAUGAGCGACAGCACCCGAUCCGUGCUGCACGAGGUCAUGGAGCAGCAGACCCUCUCCAUUGCCAAGGCUGGAAUCAUCUGUCAGCUGAACGCCCGUACCGCCGUGUUGGCUGCCGCAAACCCUAUUGAAUCUCAGUGGAACCCCAAAAAGACCACGAUAGAGAACAUCCAGCUGCCUCACACACUGCUGUCCAGAUUCGACCUCAUCUUCCUGAUGCUGGACCCCCAGGACGAGGCGUACGACCGCAGGCUGGCGCACCACCUGGUGUCGCUGUACUACCAGAGCGAGGAGCAGAUCGAGGAAGAGUUCCUGGACAUGACCGUGUUGAAGGACUACAUUGCGUACGCGCGCACCUACAUUACCCCAAGACUGAGCGAGGAGGCCAGCCAGGCCCUCAUCGAGGCCUACGUCGACAUGAGGAAGAUAGGCAGCGGCCGCGGGAUGGUGUCCGCCUACCCCAGACAGCUGGAGUCUCUGAUCCGCCUGGCAGAGGCUCACGCCAAGGUGCGCUUCUCCGAGAAGGUGGAGACCAUCGACGUGGAGGAGGCCAAGCGGCUCCACCGAGAGGCCCUCAAACAGUCGGCCACUGACCCCAGGACAGGAUUUGUUGACAUCUCUAUUCUCACGACAGGUAUGAGCGCCACGGCCCGUAAACGAAAGGAGGAGGUCGCCCAAGCCCUGAAGAAGCUGAUCCAGGCGAAGGGAAAGACGCCUGCCAUGAAAUACCAGCAGCUGCUUGAAGACCUCAGAGGACAGUCUGAAACUGCGAUCACGAAGGAGCUCUUCGAUGAGGCGCUCCGAGCCCUAGCUGACGAGGAUUACUUGACGGUCACUGGAAAGACUGUUCGUCUCCUUGCUUAAGGCGCACCCUGCAAUUAUGUACAGUCCUUCAUUAUAAAUCCUAUCCUGUGUCUUCUUUUUCACAUGCUGUAAAAAGUUUGUAUGAUGUGAACCAGUGCAUUUUUUUUUUUUUGGCUCUAUUGGAUGUUUAAAUAUCCACAGAUUUAGAGACGUGAAUUAUCAAAUGUUGGUGUGGUGUCCUGGUGCCAUUUAAUAAAAAUAUACAUAAAAUAAUAAAAAUGCGGAGUAAGAAAGACACGGAAAAAAGCACACUGGUAAUAAAGAGCUUAUAUUUAAAAGUAGGCCUACGUAUAUUUCAUGUUAUUGGAUUUCUCUUGCUUUUUUUUCUGCUGUUAUGGCAAAAUAAGAUAUCUGACCAACUUGUACAUUAUUAGUUUUUCCUCUUUGUUUUGAAAUGUAUUAAGCUUGAAUUGUGUUUAUCUUGAGUACUUAAUAUUGUCUCCGUUGAGUUGUCCUAAAGCAUAGUCGUUGUUAAUGAAGAAAUUAAUAAAAUGUUAAAUAAA